GCCGAGCCAGACCGAGAGAGAAGAGAGAGGAAGAGGAAAAAAUCAAUCCACCGAGCAGAGGAGAGAGGAGCAGGCCCCCCCUCCGCCGCGCUGCCGCGGUGUUGACCCCUCCCCCCACGCUGGAUCCCUCCACGGCGGCGGGCGCGUCCUUCGGCGGCGGCGGCGCGUUGUUAUGCCGAGAGGCGCCCAGGUUUCAACACCAUUCGCCUCUGGGUUUCUAGCAUUCUCAGAAAGGAUAUGGAGCGCACCCUCUAUGCAAGUUCCCCUGUAUCCCACGUCUCGCUGCUUGAGCAAGUUCUUGGCUGGAGAUUUUGUCUUUACGGAGACUUCCUUGUCAUCUCCUUCGUCAAUUGCACCUGAAGAACAUACCUGGCUCAGUGACUACAGUGCCUGGUCCCAUGCUACUGGACAUUAGGGCCGACUAGUGAUUGCGGUGCACAUCUAUUCGAGCAUGGUGCGUCUCUUCUCUGCCAACAUUUUCGUAAUUUUUGCCGUGGCACUGGUCAGCCAGCAAAAGUUACCAUCAGAACUUCUUUGGACACUUGGGAUCUAACCCGUAGAUCCUCCCUGUCGGUUACAAGCUCUAGCAGGUUCUGGUUCUCUUUGCUUCUGUCAGCUCUCUUCUCCCCUAUCACUGCGAGUUUUCAGUUUGUCCGGCUUGAUCUUUGGUGUGUAUAGUGUGCACUGUUCUUCAUCAGGCUUCACUUCUGAUGGCGUGACGCGAGGGCAAAGGUGUUCAAGUUUAUUUGUCACAAAGUAUGGGUAUUGCCUACAGACGUUUGAAAAAAGCCUGCAGUGACUUUGGUGACCUACUCUCCAAAGACAUUCCGGCAAUACGCGUAUGAGUCUUGUUUGUGUUUAUAGGACUGUUCAAAAAUAAGGACAGCGUUGCAUUCUAGCUAAUAAAAUGGAGAGGUAUAACAUUAUUACGGAAGUGGGUGACGGUACGUUUGGUAGUGUUUGGCGUGCAAUCAAUAAAGAAAGUGGCGAAGUGGUUGCAAUCAAGAAAAUGAAGAAAAAAUAUUUUUCUUGGGAGGAGUGCAUCAAUCUCCGUGAAGUGAAGUCCCUCCGAAGGAUGAACCAUCCAAACAUUGUGAAGCUCAAGGAGGUCAUAAGAGAGAAUGACAUGCUAUUCUUUGUUUUUGAAUACAUGGAAUGCAAUCUCUAUCAGCUGAUGAAGAGCAAGGGCAAGCCCUUUUCGGAGACUGAAAUCCGGAACUGGUGCUUUCAAGUAUUUCAAGCUCUUAGUCACAUGCAUCAACGUGGAUACUUUCACCGUGACCUUAAGCCUGAAAAUUUGCUGGUUACAAAGGAGCUCAUCAAGGUAGCUGAUUUUGGGCUUGCUAGGGAGAUUAUUUCUGAACCACCAUACACAGAAUAUGUGUCAACUCGCUGGUAUCGUGCCCCAGAGGUUCUGCUUCAAUCUUCUGUUUACAGCUCAGCAGUUGACAUGUGGGCUAUGGGCGCCAUUAUUGCAGAGCUUUUUUCACACCGACCUCUUUUCCCUGGCUCAAGUGAAGCGGAUGAGAUUUACAAAAUCUGUAACAUUCUUGGCACUCCAAAUCAGCAUACUUGGGCUGGAGGGCUGCAGCUGGCAGCAUCUAUCCAUUUUCAGUUUCCUCAGUCUGGAAGCAUAAAUCUUUCAGAAGUGGUUCCCACAGCAAGUGAAGAUGCGCUGAACCUUAUUUCGUGGCUUUGCUCAUGGGACCCACGUAAAAGGCCAACCGCAGUGGAGGUUUUGCAGCAUCCCUUCUUUCAGCCAUGCUUCUAUGUCCCCCCUUCACUUCGUUACAGAUCGACAGGAUAUGCAACACCACCGCCAUCAGUCGGGGCUAAAGGAGCUAUGGACCAGAAGAAUGCUAGGAGAUACCCUGUGGGGACUUUAUCCAAUGGGAGGCCGGCAGUUAAUAACUCCUACCUUAGCACCAACGCCCCAGCAAGAGCAGCUGGCGUGCAAAGGAAGCUAGAGUUGGAUCAUCAGGUGAAACCAGAGGGCAACCAUAAGCUGACGACGAAGGAGAACGCAAUGAACCAGCCUUGGUCCAGACUACCUCCAGCACCAGUGAGGAACAACAUGAACUACCUUGCCGCCAAAGAGCAGAUCCCUCGUGGUGGCGCGCCAGACAUAGCCGAGAAGCUGUCCCAGCUGUCGAUGUCCACCACCACCCGGGCGCCGAUCAUGCCUUCCGACAGGUUUGUGGACCUGAAGGCCACUACCAGAGCUCACGGGGAGCCCGUGAGGCGGCCCGUGCCUCUGGGACCCAGGGACACGUGGCAUGCCCGAAACGACCCCUUCCGGCGCACCUAUGAGAUGCCGGGCGAGAGGGCUCUCCUCCAGAGGAAGCUCGUCAGCUGAGGACCAUCCCACCGACGCCCGCCCUUCCGCCAUCCAUCUGCCUCUUCGCAUCAUCGACACCACCACCACCACCACCCCGACCACAAUAAUCCGGCGGUCUCCUUCCUGGCGGUCGCUACCAAGUUUGUGUCUCUCUUUCAUCGUUUGUGUUGUGAUUGAAAAUAAAAUCCAGUCUCCCCCGUUCCUCGGGUCGCAUUGCAGCGGGGAGAGUGAAGAGCACUGCCGUGUUUCCUUUGGGCUUUCGAGUGUGAGAAACUUGGACGAUGAUAUAUAUGCUUUGUGUUAUUUG